AUGAUUUCUUUACCAGGUCUCAAUCUAUCCUCACAACCCAUCGAACCACAAAAUACACCGACGUCGGUAGCUACACGGACCCAAGAACUCUCAGCCAACACCGAGUACCGCUUCGAAGUCUCUUUCUCCCGCACCCUCACAGUCAAAUUGCAAUCGGGAACAGCUGAAUUCUUCGGGACUGAACUCGCGCCCUCGACUAUCUACUCGUUUUCAGGCACAAAAGGCGCCAUCUUCACAUGGCACGGCUGCAAGCUCGAUAUCGGCGGAGAGGUAGAGUCGGACUACAUUGCCGAAGAAACACCCAUGAUGAGCGUUGCAAACUUACACUUUGCACUAGAGAACCUGCGCGACAAGAGCGUUUCCAGCGGCAGUGUAGAGAUGGGUCCAAGAGUACUUGUGGUGGGGCCCGAGAACUCUGGCAAAACAUCUCUCGUCAAGACACUGACGUCCUAUGCCGUCAAGACAGACAGGCAGCCAAUGGUGGUGAAUCUUGAUCCACGCCAGGGCAUGCUCAGUGUGCCUGGAUCCUUCUCCGCCGCCGCUUUCUCGUCAAUAGUAGACAUUGAAGAGGGCUGGGGCAGCAGCCCCAUCUCGGGACCCAGUCCGAUUCCCGUGAAGAUGCCGCUGGUAUAUCACUACGGGCUGAGAGACCCCGAAGAAGGCAGGGUGUUCAAGCCGUUGGUCACACGCAUGGCUCUUGCUGUUACUAGUAGACUGGAAGAGGACAAGCUGAGCAAGCAGGCUGGCUUCAUCAUCGAUAGCUCGGGCGCAAUCAGCCAUGGAAAGAAUGGCGUCUACGACAACAUAGAGCAUAUUGUUUCUGAGUUUUCUGUCAACAUCAUCAUAACCCUCGGCUCCGAACGCCUCUACUCGGACCUCCUCCGCAAAUUCUCCGCCCGCCCAUCCACCACCACCGACCCCUCGGAAUCCGUCACCGUCAUCCGCCUCGACAAAUCCGGCGGCUGCGUCGACCGCACAGAAACCUACAUGCGAGCUCUCCGCCACGCCCAAAUCAAAGAGUACUUCUUCGGCCACGCCGACGAAACCCUCGCGCCCAGCAGCCAAACCGCUGAUGCCGCUGAUUUGCAUAUUUUCCGCAUCGUCGGCGGCGGCGGUAGCGGCGGUGACGCCGACGAGUCCAACGGAAACGAAGCGGCGGGUUUCGAUGACUACGGUAUGCCUCUAGCUUCUUCGGGAGCGGGGUUGUUGUUUGAGAAAGCGGUGCCGGGAGAUGGGAUGGUCAAUCAUCUGCUUGCGAUUACGACGGCGAGUCCGAAUGAGGGGCAUGCGGUAAUUAGGGAUAGUAGUGUGAGGGGGUAUGUGUAUGUGGCGGAUGUGGAUGAGGCGAAGAAGAAGGUGAAGCUUUUGAGUCCGUUGCCGGGGCAGACGCCGGGGAGUGCGUUGAUUUUGGGGAGUUGGCCGGAGCCGGUGGAGGGGCUUGUGGGUUAA